UAAGCUUCUUAUGGUGUCCUGCCGAAGGAAUGUUCUGCAGAUCAUGUUUUCAUGUGACAACACAAAAUAAACCAGUGUCUUAUUUUGUUUACGAAACCCAAUUAAAAGAGAACAUCUGGACAAUCUGCCAUUGUCAGGAUGUACCAAGUAUUGUCAAUGUCAUUAUUUUGCCAAGCACUCUUCGGGCAGAGCCUUUUCACAGAAAUAAUUCUCCAUUUAUUUGCCAUCUGAGAACCCCACAGAAUGAAAAGUAGAGACUUUGUUAUGAUAAUGAAAUAACGCAUUGAACUAAAAAUUAUGUUUGAAUUUGUUGUUUUAUUACAUCAGUGCUUACAACGAGGACGAAGAAAGCAACAGUUUCUUUGAAUUUUAUACUCAUGAAGAAGUGAAGUUUUCUCAUUUUAUCAUUAUCAAUAUAUAUAGUGAUAGGUAUCAGUUAGGCUCAAGUCUAAACCAAGUUCCAGUGAUCCAUAGUUAUAACAUUUUCAGUCUAGCACCAAAGUGGCGCAUUCUAAAAUCGCAUGAUAUUAUUUCAUAUAGAAUAGGGUAAGGUCGGUUCUCAUUGGUUUAGAUUUUUAUAAUGACAGCAAUGAUUUCGCAGUAAACGGUAAAAGGAAUUACUUAGUUGUGGAGAUGUAAUACAUUAAAAAUGAUUCAAUACAGUUUGCAUCAGUGGUUUUUUGGUCGCAUUUUGAAAGAAGAAUUUUUUUAAGAAUAAAAAGAAAUGAGUUGAUUAUUAGUUAUGCAUAUAAUUAUAGUUAAUCAAUUAAUUUCAAGUAUGUUUUCUUCAAUUGAACUCUUCAAAACAACAUUUGAUUAGGAUUGCCAGUUGCCGUUCUCAGAGAUAGGCCAAACAUUUUCCUAAAAAGGCCAAUUUUAAAUGCUUAUCAUAAAUGGUCCUAAUUUAUUUAUUUAUUCAUUUUUGUAUUUAUCUUGUAUCAUGAUUUAUGUUAUUGUUAUUAUUUUUUUUUUUUUUUACUCUUGUUUUUAUUUUUUUGCAUAUUCUAUUUUUUUAAUAACAAAUAUACAGUAGUGUACACCAAUGUGAUGGGAUAUAUUCUUUUUUUUAUUCAUAUAUAUUAUUAGAAUGGCAAUAUUAAGAAAACUUAUCCUUGAAUUAAGCAGGUGUUUGUAUAAAAUAAGACCACAUUAAGGGAUCCUAUGGCCUGUAUGCUUCAUUCUUCAACGAAGACCGGAAACCUUUUCCAUAGAUAUUCUGCUAAGGCAGAGUAGGGACUAGUUUCUUAUUUGAUUAGAUAUUGCCUGAGGGGUCUACAAGCUCUGCCUUACAAGUAUAUAUAUGGUAUAGGUUUAUUUACCUAUGCUGCAGCAAUGGUAUAAGUCACUUUAGGACCCUUUUUAAUAUAUUAUUAUCCUUCACAUGCAUAGAUUAAUAUAUAUAGUAGUGAGCAUUAUUUACUUUUCCUGAAUAAGGCAGUUUUUUUGUUUUUUUCUGUAUUUUUGUGCAGUCCCAUUUUAGACAAUUACCAGUACAGAAGACCAAGUAAAACCCCAAAGUCAUAAUAUACUUCAAUAAACCACAUAGAAGGAAGGACUUUGAUGUGGAGGAAAAUUGUGGAAUAAAUAAGUAAAAAAGGCUAAGUAGACCUCAUGAGUCUUUCCUCCCUGCUGCAAUCCUGUAUUCAACAGACCAAGGAGACACUGAUCAGUAUGGUGGAUAUAGAUGGACAUGGCCACAGGUUGGUGCACCUGGAUUUGAAAGGAGCACCACCAAGGGUAAAUUACUAUGAGCAGUUGUUUCCGCUAAUAAGAAGCUUCGGUGCCACUGGUUUGCUAAUAGAAUAUGAAGAUAUGUUUCCAUACCAUGGCAAGCUAAAGCAUUUACAGGCUCUAAAUGCAUACACACCAGAUGAUAUUGCAAAACUCCACAGCAUGGCAGAGGUUAAUAAUCUCAUUGUCAUUCCUCUGGUCCAAACAUUUGGGCAUUUUGAAUAUGUCCUGAAGCAUGAUGAGAAUAGAGCCCUGAGGGAGGUGGAGCAUUAUCCCAAUGCUCUCUGUCCAACACACCCAGAUGCUUUCCCUUUGGUCACCAAGCUCAUCACACAGGUUCUGGAGCUCCACCCCAAAGACAAGCAUUUGCAUAUUGGAGCUGAUGAGGUUUGGCACAUUGGAAGAUGUCUUCGAUGCCAGGAUGAAAUGGAAUCACACAAGAUAACCACAAAUGAUCUCUUCCUGAUGUGGGUACUUAGGUUGGCCAAAUGGAUCAAGGCAAAAUAUCCUCAUCUAACACUCAUCAUGUGGGAUGAUAUGAUGCGACAAAUUCCUCUUGAGAAGCUCCUAAGUAGUGGAAUAGGGGAAGUCGUUGAACCAAUGAUAUGGCAGUAUCAUGCUAAAAAGUUUGAAUUUCCUCCAGAUCUUUUCAGUCGAUAUGGAACAGUUUUUGAUGGGCUUUGGGUAGCAAGUGCUUUCAAAGGUGCUACUGGAAGUACACAGUUUUUACCCCCAAUCCAACACCAUAUUAACAAUCAUCUGACAUGGAUAACAACUCUCGCAGAGCAUAAGCAUCAGUUCAAGAAGUAUCGUGGUAUAUGUAUCACUGGUUGGCAGAGAUAUGAUCACUAUGCUGUGCUUUGUGAGCUUCUGCCUGUGGGAAUUCCUUCACUUUGUUUGUGUCUCAGAGUUCUCACCCAUGAGUCCUUCACUGAAACAGAUCAUGACAGCGUUUCACAGCAGUUGGGAUUUUCUCACCGAAUCAAUGUCAUCCCAUUUCCCAGACCUCAAGUUAUAGAACAAGGGAUGCAGUUCCCAGGAUACAGAGUUUACAUUGGGGUCCAGAUGUGGUCUAACUUUGUAUGCAAGUAUCAGGCCAUCAGCAACUCUGAAGGGAUGUUGGGUUGGUUCAGUGACUACCAGAGGUCCAAAAAUUUCACUAAUCCUGUUCAAGUGGAAAGUAUAAUGAAACCUCUUCAGGAAGUUCUUCAGAAUUUGACAGAACUUCGAUCCCAUUUCAUCCCUUGGCUGCUAGAGAUAUUUUAUGAAGACACAGUCGAGGAAUGGGUUGGCUCAUUUAUUGACCCCCUUUUAGAGAAGUUAUCCCAAGUGAUUGAAGAGUGCAGGAAGCAGAUUAACAUUGGAGGAAGAGUGAAGAAUUACAAAAAGAUAGAAAGUUAAAGUGAGUAGAGGAGUAGGGAUACGUAAUUAUGUUACCAGGAGGACUAAUUGCGAAUAUGUAAUUACUGCUGUGGAAUUGAAUAUUAUGCAAAUAUUAUCCAAGUUCAGGGAUCAAAAUGUAACCACAUCUUCAUUGUGAGUACUUUAUUUGCUUGAGGUCAAAUACUGGUGAAUCAGAUCCAAGUCUGGUUUGCUCAAGUAUUAAAGGCUGAUCAGUAGCACUGUAUGAUAUAUUUGUCUGAAGAAAAGUUCAAAUGGAAAGUAAAAGUUCUCGCAUAAAUAGUCAUUGUAUUGUUCUCUAAAUAAUUCAAAACAUUUGCCACCAUAUGAUAAGAGUGAAUCUGCAGUUCCUAAAGUUCCCAAAAUUAGAAGGAGCUGCUUUGUAUUUUGAUGAAUUGAUGUUAAUUUUGUGAUGCUGUUUCACAUAAACCUGAAAUAUUUUUAUCCUUUUCCAUCUGAUGAUAUUAAUGGAAUGUGGCUUACUCUGCUGAUCAAGUUUGUCAUGUCUUUAUACUACAGAACUGUUAUACAUCUAAGAGUUAAGAAAUAUAGAAGUUGCAUUCUGUUUAAAAUUUGCAUCCAGUUAUGGGGAAAACAAUAGUCAAGUGAAAAUCUCAAUGCAGACAAAAAUGUGAAAAGUGAAUGUUUUUGUUAAACAUAUCAGUAACUUCUAAAUAGUUAACGAUAUUAAUGAUGCUAUUGUAAUAGGUCUCUUUAUAUGCACAAACUAAAUUGAGUUUGUCUAAUUAAUUUUCUUGUAGAGGGCCAUAUGACCUUUUUUUUCUUCUUUUUUCUUUUUUCUUUUCUUUUCUUUUCUUUAAUUUUCUUUUUGUUUCUUUUCUCUAAUUUUCUUUUUGUUUCUAUUCUUUUCUUUUCUUUAAUUUUCUUUUUGUUUCUUUUCUUUUCUUUUCUUUAAUUUUCUGUUUGUUUCUUUUCUUUUCUUUUCAUUUCUUUGCCUAGUUAUAUGUGUUAAGGUUGUGGAAAUUUACUCUGUAGUCUAGAACAACUUGCAAGUGCUGUGGAUUCAUGAAUUUCCAAUAGCUAUAUUUUAUAGUUCCAACUUCUGAAAUGUUCAGAAUCAUAGUGCUGCUAGAAUCCAAAAUGUUAUAUAUCAUUUAUAACUGUACAUGAUCAGUCCUGUUGUUACUAUGGCUAGCAAAAUUAAAUUUAUUUGUAAGAAAUUUAGGUGAAAGGCAAGAAAACAUUUAAACACAUUCAAACUUUGAGUAAAGAAAUUUAUUGUGGUUCUCUAAGAAGUAAAGUGAUCAAACAAUUUAGGAAUUUAGGAGUCAAUAAUGAUAUUUCAUCAUCAUGAAUAGUGUGCCAAGUAAAGAUGGAACUUGUUCUAACAUAACUAAUCAAAAAUUCUCCACAUUGGUAUGGUGAUUGCUAGGGAGUUUUAAAGAAAAUAAUGAACACCAUGAUUCUUAAAAUAUUAAGUCACAUGAUAGUUAUCUAAAUAAGAAUUAUGUUGAAUACAGAAUCACUAGAUUACGUGUUUAAAAGAUAUAACUUUGGCUUCACUUUUGCAUGACAUAGAUACAGUCUUUCCCAUUAUAUCAAUAGUAUUAGAAACAGUCUUUCCCAUUAUAUUAAUAGUAUUAGAAACAAGAUGUGAUUAGUUGACAUUGUAAUUCACACUGGAUAAGACAUGAAGUUACAAGACAUGCCUAGGUAACAGUUACAGCAUGAUCAGCUUCUGAAUAAAUAACUUCAGAAUAGUCACUUUUUAUAGAUAUGGUCACUCACUUUUUCUUAUGGCUUUUAAUUGCAUAAUUACCUAAUAGUAUAGCAGACAUCAGAUUCUCUCCAACACACAUUAUAUUAUGUUAGGAUGAUAUGACUUUGUAAGGAUAUCAUUUUGCUCAGGAAUUAUUUGAUAUGAUAUAAAUGUAUUAUGAAGAUAGUGAAAAUCUGCUUAAUGUUGAACAAGACAAAAACAAGCUCCAUAGGAUUUUCAAUUUUGAAAACUUCUGAAGCUAGUGGUAAGGCAAAAAAAAAAAAAAAAAAAAAAAAAGAGAGAGAGAGAGAGUAAUGGUAAUGAUAAGUCUACAUUAAGCCCUUGAAUGUCUCAUGUUCCUUCUGUGUUAUUCAUAUAAAUGGAUGCACUCGGAGGAGGUAGAAUCAAUGUAAUAAGACUGGGUUUAUUUUGAUAAAAUGCUUACUCCACUGGACUGUUAGAAGACAUUGAACUGCAAGAUCUUCAUUUAACUAACUAGUGUGGCUACAUUGCUUGUAACAUGAUACAAAAGUUUCUAAUUAAAUUUUUGUAGGGUGGCUUACAAUAAGAAAGGUAAAUGACUUACGAGCAAAGAAUAUGUCAAAAGAAAAAACUCAAAAGAACAAACAUUUCAGAAUAUAGUUUGAUAUCUUUAAGUUAUGUUUGUGUAUAUUUCAUUCACAAAUUUUCUCAUUUAACUUCUGUGAAGUUUACACAUAUGGUAAUAUUUUACCUAGGAUUAUACUCCUAGUUCAAGCCAUUUAUAGAUGUGAAUCUUUAUGCUGAAGAGAUAUAUAAUUAUUAUUUUUAACCAUAUCUCAAGGACACAAAAAGGGUAUAGUAAUUACUCUCCAGAUUUAUGAGUUGCCUGUCUCUCUUUGUAUGGAUGUUGUAGAUUUAGUAAUAGGUAAAAAUAAAUUUCAUGUCGUGAUAGCAUAUUUUGCUUCAUAAUAUUUUCCUUACAUAUCAGGUAAGGUUUAUGGUUCACCAGAACAGAGGUAAUAAGUUUAGACAUCAUCAAGUGCAUGCUUUUCCUACGCUCAACUGUAAUUUUUCUUCCUGUGGCAGAGAUCAUAAAAUGCUUUCCUGGAGAACUGAACUUUCUUGAUUUAGGAGCUCUUGUGCAUUCUUUUUAUGAUACACUUUAGAAAUUUAUGAUUUUGGCUAUAAAAUGAUAGAUUCUGUAUUAGUGCUUGGAAUAUUUCUAAUCAGUGUGAAUUUAUAUAUGCAGUGGUAAUUUUACAACUAUGCCAAGUAUGUGAAAUUGUUUUUAUUAAAAGAAACUCCUUUAUUAACAUAUAUUUUUUCUUCUUAAGGUAAAGACUCCUCUGUUUACCCAUAAAGAUCACCUUGGUUGUAUAUAAAGAUCCCUUUGAAUGAGAAUCCUUUAGGUACCAUAUUUCACCAUAUAUGUUUACACCCAUAUGUUUUUUUAUUAAAACAAAUGAUAUUGUGAGUAUUCAUACACUUCACCCAGAGCUUCAAAUUUGACUUUCAUGUCAACUUCUUUAAUUCUUUCAUAAAUUCAGAUAAAUUUUUGUGGUUUAUUGUUUUUACAGUUCUGUAGUAAUUUUUCUUUGUCAGUGUUUAUAAUUUCACUAUAAUUCAAGAAUGAACUAAUUCUGAAUCCAGUGACUCCAAAAAAGAUGUUACACAUCUAUUGCAUGUGUAGUGUAAUCAGUUCUACCUUCAGCUUUGCAUUCUUCAUAUUACUUACGUGGCAGCACAUAGAAACUGGUACUCUAAUUAUUUCUACAUCUGUUUAAGUAAAAAGCAAAUUACUAGAAAUGUACUUAUUCUUACAAGCCCGAAGAUAACACUCAACAGUGAUAAGUUACACAGACUUGGUAUUUGGUUUGUACCACUUCAAAACACACACACACACACACACACACACACACACACACACACACACACACACACACACACACACACACACACACACACACACACAUAUAUAUAUAUAUAUAAAUUUUAGGGAAUGUUUUCUUUGGUGUAAUUUGUUUUGGAUGAGUUUAAUUUUACAAGAAAGAAAUUGAAAAUAUAUGGGUCUAUUUUAUAACAUUGUUUUCAUUAUUCACUGGGCUAAGACCAAUGCUUACAUAUAAAGUCCUAAAUUCAUGAAUGACUUUUCAUUGUAAGUUUUUGAUGUGAGAUAAUAUAUGUUUUUAAAAAUUGUAUCUUGAAGGUACAUAGAAACCAUUGAUUUUUUGUGAAAUUGGAAUAAAAAGGGACCACCAAUAUGCAAUAAGUUUUUUUUUAUAUGUAUACUUGUAAAUGCUGUCCAUUUUUUUAUGUAAACCUAGUGAUUGUAAGCCAUUCUUCUACAUUUUUCUAAAUAAAAACAAAUUAAAAAUAUUGGCAGCAUAGGUUGUAAUAGUAUACUGUGUGUUAUCCUUUAAUUCAGUCUCUUAGUACCUUUAGUUACUCCUUUUCUUCAUUCUAUCACUAGAGAUUAUUUAACCCUUUCCCGACGGGCAUAGCAUGUACGUACAUACCAUGCCCACUGUGAGUUUAAUUGUUUUUACACAUGGAUGGCUACACUUGUAACAAGUCACCAGUAAGUCAGUUAUGAGUCUUGCCUGUCUCGCCCAUUUACCCUUUUCUUUAAUUUACAAAAAUAUUUUACGUUAUAUUAUUUUGCUAUUACUAAUGUACAUUAUAGUAAUUAUAAUAUUUAUAAUAAAGAUAACACCAUCAAUAU